UCUCAGCGAUACGGAAAAGCAAGAUGGACGCCUCCGAGACAGUGUUUGUUGAAGCUACAGCUACUCCGUCGUAAGAAACGUCCUCAAAAUAAACAUGAGGCUUUACUGUAAAACCUUUUCAGAAAGGAAAAACUACAGUCAAGGUCCUUUUGCUUUCUUGAGAAGGACUUUAACCAAAAUGCCCGUCCAGCGUGUUCCGCUUGUCUUGUUAGCCUGCGGAUCCUUCAAUCCUAUAACCAACCAGCACAUGAGGCUGUUUGAGCUUGCCAGAGACCACAUGCACAGCACAGGCCAGUACCAAGUGGUGGGUGGCAUCGUUUCUCCUGUGAGUGACAACUAUGGGAAGCAAGGCCUGGUGCUGGCAAAGCACAGACUUGCCAUGGCAAAGCUGGCGCUCCAGAGCUCAAACUGGGUCAAAGUCGACGAAUGGGAGAGCCAGCAGGCUGACUGGACUGAAACGGUGGUCACCAUGAGGUAUCAUCACAGUCGUAUUCUAAACGAGUUUGAACAGAAGAUACAUGAAGACUCCAGCAGUCACUCACAAAGCAUGGCUCCUCAGCUCAAGCUUCUGUGUGGAGCUGAUUUCUUGGAGAACUUCAGGAUUCCUGGCUUGUGGCGGGAUGACCACAUGGAGGAGGUGGUGGGCCGCUUUGGCUUGGUGUGUAUUAGUCGAGGGGGGCUGCAGUGUGAACAGACGGUGCACGAAUUAGAUCCACUUUGGCGCCACAGACAAAACAUCUUCCAGGUGAAAGACUGGGUGAGGAACGAGGUCAGCGCAACAGAGGUCCGCCGGUCUCUCAGACGGGGAUUGAGCGUCAAAUACCUGGUCCCAGACUCUGUCAUUGAAUACAUUGAGCGGCACAGCCUCUACACCGAGGACAGCGAAAGGAGAAAUGAGGGCACGGCUCUGAGGCCGCUCGCCAAACAAGCCCGGGAAAGUCUCCCUGACAUCGGUGCUUCUCUCAAAUGAUUUCGUUCCACCAGCUGAUGACGCACCAGCUCAUACCUCCUGCUGAAGCAUCUGGCCUCAGUGUGCUUCAAUCCACUAGGAAAAUAACACUUGAGUUGUUUUGCUGAAUGGUGGUGGUGGGGGGGGGUCUUUCAUGCAGGCCUAGCUGCCAGCCAGCAGAGAAUCUGGAUGACUGACAAGAGUGAGUUCAACACGGACAUCUUUGAAGCUUGAAUUCUAUCACCAUUCAGUGCUUCUUUUCAGUCAUGGUCGGGUGGCUACUUCAAGAUAUUUGUGCAAAAUACUGUCAAAAUGCAGAAAACAUCUUCACCAGCCUUUGCUCUGUUGCACUUUAUGGACUUGAAGUUUUAAAUUUCUUAUUUAUGUAUGCAGUGGUGCAAGUUUGGGGAUAAAAAUAUUUAUUUUGGAAACAGUGUCACCUGGCUGGUGCUGACAUUUCCCCAGCCCCAGGCUUAAAAUAUGUUUUGUCCUCAUAAAAAACUACCACUGGCUACAUAUCAUACAUAUUUGAAAUAAAAUCGAGACAGGUUCCUCAUGGGUUGAAUAAUACAUGAGGACAAAAUC